AUGUGUGCACAUAUGAGAGGCGUGCAAAAUAGACAUACGUUCGAGAACCCGAAGAGAAGAGAAGCACUUGGUCGAAUCGAAGAAUGUCGUGAAAAUUCGAGCAGUUUUCAAGCCUUAGGAGAUCCUUUCGAAAUCAGAGACCUUGAGCGACUCUUGUGGAUUGCCACAAUAGUGGCAGUGCUCUCCACCCACCAUGCGCAAGCAUCCAGUGAGAGAAGCAAAAGAGCGAUAGAAACAAACUCACCGUUUCAAGGCUAUGAAUACAAACCGCCAAAUCAGAUAUUUACACUACCAACCCGACCACCGGAUCGGCCAACACCUAGACCACCCGUCACAGGAUAUCCAAGUUAUCCAACUCCUGGCCAGGAAUUAACGUAUACACCAAGACCGCCAACGUACAGACCACCGGUAACACAAUCUACCGGUUAUACUUAUCCAGGGCCUACACGACCACCUCUACCACCUGGACCACCUGGACCACCUGGCCCACCUGGACCACCCAUAACAGGGUACCCGGUCCCAACGCCACCUACACCAACACCACGGCCCCCCGGACCACCCGGACCACCGACAACAGGGUACACGUACCCAACGCCACCCAGACCAACACCACGGCCACCUGGUCCACCAGGACCUCCUGGACCACCCACAACAGGGUACACGUACCCAACACCACCCAGACCAACACCACGGCCACCUGGUCCACCCGGACCACCCACAACAGGGUAUACGUACCCAUCGCCACCCAGGCCAACACCACGACCACCCGGACCACCCGGACCACCCACAACAGGGUAUACGUACCCAACACCACCCAGACCAACACCAGGGCCACCUGGACCACCCCGACCACCUGGCCCACCCUCAACAGGGUACACGUAUCCAACGCCACCCAGACCACCAACACCGCCCAUACCAACGCCACGGCCACCUGGACCACCUGGACCACCUGGUCCACCAUCAACAGGGUACACGUAUCCAACGCCACCCAGACCACCAACACCGCCGAUACCAACACCUCGGCCACCCGGACCACCUGGACCACCCACAACAGGGUACACGUACCCAACGCCACCCAGACCAACACCACGGCCACCCGGACCACCUGGACCGCCGUCAACAGGUUACACGUACCCAACGCCACCCAGACCCCCAACACCGCCGAUACCAACUCGGCCGACGCCUCGACCUCCUGGACCACCGUCAGAACCAACAGGAUAUACGUACCCAAUUCCAACAAAAACACUACCACCGCCUACGAGACCGCCAUACCAACCUCCUCCGCCACAGCCACCUAGACCAACACCUCCACCAUACGGACCACCUCCGCCACAACCACCAAGACCUCCAAGUCCUCCACCAUACGUACCGCCUCCUCCACCACAGCCACCUAGACCAACUCCUCCGCCAUACGUUCCGCCUCCUCCGCAGCCACCGAGACCACCAACACCUCCACCAUACGGACCUCCUCCACCACAGCCACCUAGACCUCCAACUCCUCCGCCAUACGGACCUCCUCCGCCACAGCCACCUAGGCCACCAACUCCUCCACCGUACGGACCUCCUCCGCCACAGCCACCAAGGCCCCCAACUCCGCCACCGUACGUACCUCCUUCUCCUCCGCAGCCACCAAGGCCUCCAACACCUCCACCAUACGUACCCCCUUCUCCUCCGCAACCACCUAGACCUCCAACACCACCACCAUACGUACCUCCUCCUCCACAGCCACCACGACCACCAACUCCACCUCGUCCUCCGACACCGCCACCAUAUUUACCUCCGUCUCCCCCACAGCCACCUAGACCUCCAACACCUCCACAGCCACCAAGACCUCCAACUCCACCACAACCACCAAGACCCCCAACUCCGCCACCAUACGGACCUCCUCCUCCGCAACCACCGAGGCCACCAACACCUCCGCCAUACGUACCUCCAUCCCCUCCACAACCACCUAGACCUCCAACACCACCCCCAUACGGGCCUCCACCGCAGCCACCACGACCACCAACUCCACCUCGUCCUCCGACACCGCCACCAUAUUUACCUCCAUCCCCUCCACAACCACCCAGACCUCCAACACCACCCCCAUACGGGCCUCCACCACAGCCGCCACGACCACCAACUCCACCUCGCCCUCCGACACCGCCACCAUAUUUACCUCCAUCUCCCCCACAACCACCUAAACCUCCAACACCACCACGACCUCCAACUCCUCCACCAUACGGACCUCCUCCUCCACAGCCACCAAGACCUCCGACACCUCCACCAUACAUACCACCGUCUCCGCCACAGCCACCUAGGCCUCCAAGUCCUCCGCCAUACGUACCUCCUUCUCCACCACAGCCACCAAGACCACCAACACCUCCACCAUACAGACCUCCUCCUCCACAGCCACCAAGGCCUCCGACGCCUCCGCCAUAUUUACCUCCGUCUCCCCCACAGCCACCGCGACCACCAACUCCACCACCAUACGUGCCUCCUUCUCCACCACAGCCACCCAGACCACCAACUCCACCACCAUACGUGCCUCCUUCUCCACCACAGCCACCCAGACCACCAACUCCACCACCAUACGUGCCUCCUUCUCCACCACAGCCACCUAGACCACCAACUCCACCACCAUAUUUACCUCCGUCUCCUCCGCAGCCACCGCGACCACCAACACCUCCACCAUACGGGCCUCCUCCUCCACAACCACCAAGACCUCCUACACCUCCACCAUACGUUCCUCCAUCUCCACCACAUCCACCUAGACCAACUCCUCCGCCAUACGGACCUCCUCCCCCGCAACCACCAAGGCCUCCAACACCUCCGCCAUACGGGCCUCCUCCCCCGCAACCACCUAGACCUCCAACUCGCCCACCGUAUGGACCUCCAACGGAACCAAAUACUUAUCUUCCACCGGAUCGUACUACUACUGGACGUGUCACUACCGGAAGGCCUACAACCUCUUAUGUCACUACCGGACGGCCUACAACCUCUUACGUCACUACCGGAAGGCCUACAACGUCCUAUAUCACUCCUUCGCGCGGUACUACACCACGACCUACGCCACCCAUAGUAACUUUCGUACCAUCAACGUAUGGACCCACGACACACGGUCCAUUCACGAGUCCAUCUUCUUAUCUUCCACCGAUAGAUGGUCCAAAACCAAGCACGCGACCACCACCUUAUCUCCCACCCUCAACCCCUUCGACGCCGCGAGUUACUGUCACGCCCCCGCCACCACCGACGCCUAUUUACACACUUGUACCAACCUCGACCAUCUACACACCACCGCCAACUGGCAAUCCUGCGUCUCCACCUACUUUGCCACCAACGACGAAGAGACCUUUGGGUUACUUCUACGAGGUGCCAGAAAAUCCGCUCGAGUUACCACCCUUCGUGCGAUGA